UUUGCUCCUCUUUGGCCACAAUCCGGGAACUUCCUCCCUCUACUGGGCAAAGCGGAAUAGUGCGCCGUGGGAAAACUUCGCUACCCAGAUUCCCAAGCGGCAAACUCCCCGCCUCCUCUUGCCUACCCCGUUUUUGAUUGGCUGCAGGAUUAAUCAACGACGUCGCACUUUCGAGAGAGCGGACUCGGAGAGAGCCGGAGAAGCAGAGCAUGGUCUUCUUGGUGGGGGCCGCAGGGGGCAGAUCAUUCCUCCUGAUGCAGCGAGUUACUGCCUCCAUCCUCUUCCAGUCCCGGAUGGCGUCCAUUUUCUCCCCGGCAUGGAAAGGACCUCUCAGACCUUGCCUGCUGUCAGAGCCCAUGGGCACCUGCCAGAGUUUCCCCGGGCCAGCGAUGCCGUGGGCCCACCAGCAGAUCCGCACCAAAGCCCGCGGCAACGAGUACCAGCCCUCAAACAUCAAGCGGAAGCGCAAGCACGGCUGGUGCAAGCGGAUCCGUGAGCGCAGUGGCAUUGAAGUGAUUCUCCGGCGGAUGCUGAAAGGCAGAAAAUCUCUGACCCAUUAAGAUUUUUGGUCUGCCAAGGCACUGUUGAAGUGAAGCGAAAGGUCAGAAGCUUUCCUUGACUGUCUUUCUUGCUGCUUUGCUAAAAUGUGGCAGGGAAUUCCAAGGGCCAACUCGUACCAUGAUCUUUCAUUUCAACCAAUAUUUGGGAAGGAGGCCCUCUGACUGUGUGCCGGGGAUCCUUCCCCCUUUUCCCCUGUUCAGUGGGAUAUCCUCUUCUGGUAAUCAGCAAGCGCCUGUACUGCAAAAACAGGAAAGCAGGCAUGCUGAGGUGUCAUUAAAAGUCAGUUCUGUUGAA